AUGGAUGCAAGAUCUUAUGCUGCAGCUUGGGCUAAUCGAGCUAAAGGAGGAGGUUUUGAGCAUCCAGAGUACUAUCAGCGAACCCGCGUCGACUGGCUUGCUUUACCAAAUAUUCACAAUGUUCGCUACUCAUUCCAUCAACUUCGUGCUCUUCUGUGCUCAGAUCAGAAUAAAACGGGCAAUGCAUAUCAUACGGCGUUAGAUAGUACUUGCUGGCUGACGUACAUAAAAGACCUCAUCAAUUCCGCCCAGAAAUGUGUGGACACGCUUUUUGACGGGCAGUCUGUUCUCGUACAUUGUUCUGACGGUUGGGAUCGCACUACUCAGAUUGUUUCUCUUGCGAAAUUGUUGGGUGAUGAGUACUACAGAACUGUUCAGGUGAGACAUAAAUCAUUGCAUCGACAAGGAAGUUUCUUUGUAGUGUUACGUGACAUUCCUAUCAGUGUGAUUCGUGCCAUUGGGGUGUAAUU